AUGGCCAGUGGUGUGUGUUCUCUGGUGGGUAACACCAUACUACUCUAUGUCUCCUAUAAUAAGAAUAUGCUGCUGAAACCAGCAGAGUUCUUCAUUAUUAACCUGGCUGUCAGUGACCUGGGCAUGACCCUUAGCCUCUACCCCCUGGCUGUGACAUCUAGUAUCUACCACAGGUGGUUGUAUGGUAAGACUGUGUGUCUGGUCUAUGCCUUCUGUGGAGUGUUGUUUGGUAUCUGCAGUCUGACCACCCUGACCAUCCUCAGUACUGUGUGCUGCCUCAAGGUCUGCUACCCUCUCUAUGGUAACGGGUUCAGCCCAGACCAUGGUCGUAUCCUGAUAGCGUGUGCGUAUGCCCUGGUGUUUGCCUGUUCCCCUCUAGCCCAUUGGGGUGCAUACGGCCUAGAGCCCUACGGAACGGCCUGCUGUAUCGACUGGCAGCGGUCCAACCGGGACAGUGUGGCGAGGUCCUACACGGCGGCACUGUUCCUCUGCUGCUACGUCCUGCCCUGCUGUGUCAUCACUUCCGCCUACUCACAGCUCCUGGUCACGGUCAGGGAGUCACGGAGAGCAGUGGAGCAACACGUCUCACAACAAACACACAUGGGGAAUGUACAGACCACCAUAGUGAAGCUCAGUGUGGCGGUGUGUAUUGGUUUCUUCACAGCGUGGAGUCCCUACGCCCUGGUCUCCAUGUGGGCAGCGUUUGGUCACAUGGACUCCAUCCCUCCGAUGGCGUUUGCCAUCCCUGCCGUGUUUGCUAAGUCCUCACCCUCUACAACCCUCUACAACCCUCUGGUCUAUCUGCUGCUGAAGCCCAACUUCCGCCACCUCUUGUCUAAAGACUUUCACUCCCUCCACAGGGCCUGUGUUUUCCAGUGUCGCUGUGUCUGCCACCUCUUGUCUAAAGACCUUCACUCCCUCCACAGGGCCUGUGUUUUCCAGUGUCGCUGUGUCUGCCACCUGUUGUCUAAAGACUUUCACUCCCUCCACAGGGCCUGUGUUUUCCAGUGUCGCUGUGUCUGCCACCUCUUGUCUAAAGACUUUCACUCCCUCCACAGGGCCUGUGUUUUCCAGUGUCGCUGUGUCUGCCACCUCUUGUCUAAAGACUUUCACUCCCUCCACAGGGCCUGUGUUUUCCAGUGUCGCUGUGUCUGCCACCUGUUGUCUAAAGACCUUCAUUCCCUCCACAGGGCCUGUGUUUUCCAGUGUCGCUGUGUCUGCCACCUGUUGUCUAAAGACUUUCACUCCCUCCACAGGGCCUGUGUUUUCCAGUGUCGCUGUGUCUGCCACCUCUUGUCUAAAGACUUUCACUCCCUCCACAGGGCCUGUGUUUUCCAGUGUCGCUGUGUCCGCCACCUGUUGUCUAAAGACUUUCACUCCCUCCACAGGGCCUGUGUUUUCCAGUGUCGCUGUGUCUGCCACCUGUUGUCUAAAGACUUUCACUCCCUCCACAGGGCCUGUGUUUUCCAGAGUCGCUGUGUCUGCCACCUGUUGUCUAAAGACUUUCACUCCCUCCACAGGGCCUGUGUUUUCCAGUGUCGCUGUGUCCGCCACCUCCGCCGCUUCUACUACCACUCCGUCCUUGCCGUUACGCUACGCUGGCUAUGCCCGCGGGGAUCAGAAUCAAACUCCGCCCCCAAUGUGGUCACCACUGCUGCCGCAGCCCACGCAGUGCUAUGCUCCUCGCAAUGCCCCUGCAAGCACUGCCAGGAUACGUUUGAGUGUUUUAAACAGUAUCCGAGAUGUUGUCAUGUCAACGUGAACACUGUACAGCUCUCACUACAGGAUAGUGUGUUUCCUGUUGUACCCCCCGCACUAGGCCCUCCCGUACCCCGGGCAAAACUCCACCCCCGGUCCCCAACGCAAAAAAAGAGUGUACGCGUCAUUGUAAGAGGUAGGAAGAGCUCAGAGAUAGACAGUCUAGAGAUCACCUUGGAGACAGUCCCCUCCCACUACAAGGCUGCCAGACCCUGAGAAACACACAGACCUUUAUACACACACGUACACAGCCUCUCUUUUAUGAAUGUAUUUUCUUAACAUCUUUGUCUUAAGACAAAUAUGUGUUUGUUUUUUUACGAAUGUCUGUAAGGUAAAUCUGUGCCAUUUUCCAAAUGAAAAUUGACUAUUAAUAUAUGAGUUUAUUUAUUUAUUCAUUAGUUAGUUGUAUUGUAUGUCUCAUUGAAUAGGUCAAAAUGUUGCAACAGGUUCUUAUCCAUUUAACCAGUACUACUUCACCCAUCAGAUGUGAGCAGAGGUAGACCUCAACCAACCAGCUCAGAGUUGAGGUGCACCUCAACCAAUCAAUGGCAAUCCCUUUAGUUUUUGGGUAUGAAGAGAAAUAAGAUGAUCAUGACUGGUUUCAAUUAUAGUUUACAUAUUUUCGAAAUAAUUUGUUGACAGUACAUAUUAACAAUAUUGGUGUGUUGAUGAUGAUAAACUUACUUAAAGAGAACAUAUUGUUCAGAGCAAAGCUGUGUUUGACACCUUUUCUUUUUCAACAUUGAUAUUUUACUCUCUCAGAGUUACUAAAGGCAUAAGCUUUCAACAUGUCCCUUUUGUCCACUGUUGUUUCUCUACAGUGUUACAGUUGAAGUCGGAAGUUUACAUACACCUUAGCCAAAUACAUUUAAACUCAGUUUUUCACAAUUCCUGACAUUUAAUCCUAGUAAAAAUUCCCUGUUUUAGGUCAGUUAGGAUCACCACUUUAUUUUAAUUAUGUGAAAUGUCAGAAUAAUAGAUAUAAUGAUUUAUUUCAGCUUUUAUUCCUUUCAUCACAUACCCUGUGGGUUAGAUGUUUGCAUACACUCAAUUAGUAUUUGGUAGCAUUGCCUUUAAAUUGUUUAACUUGGGUCAAACGUUUUGGGUAGCCUUCCACAAGCUUCCCACAAUAAGUUGGGUGAAUUUUGGCCCAUUCCUCCUGACAGAGCUGGUGUAACUGAGUCAGGUUUGUAGGCCUUCUUGUUCGCACACGCUUUUUCAGUUCUGCCCACAUAUUUUCUAUACGAUUGAGGUCAGGGCUUUGUGAUGGCCACUCCAAUAGCUUGACUUUGUUGUCCUUAAGCCAUUUUGCCACUACUUUGUAAGUAUGCCUGGGGUCAUUGUCCAUUUGGAAGACCCAUUUGCGACCAAGCUUAAACUUCCUGACUCAUGUCUUGAUGUUGCUUCAAUAUAUCCACAUCAUUUUCCAUCAACAAUUGUCCCCAAACAUAACGAUGGUCAUUAUGGCCAAACAGUUCCAUUUUUCUUUCAUCAGACCAGAGGACAUGUCUCCAAAAAGUAUGAUCUUUGUCCCCAUGUGCAGUUGCAAACCGUAGUCUGUCUUUUUGUGGCGGAUUUGGUGCAGUGGUGUCUUCCUUGCUGAGCGGCCUUUCAGGUUAUGUCAAUAUAGGACUCGAGUUACUGUGGAUAUAGAUACUUUUGUACCUGUUUCUUCCAGCAUCUUCACAAGGUCCUUUGCUGUUCUUCUGGGAUUGAUUUGCAACGAAGUACGUUCAUCUCUAGGAGACAGAACGCGUAUCCUUCCUGAGCGGUGUGACGGCUGCGUGGUCCCAUGGUGUUUAUACUUCUGUACUAUUGUGUGUACCGAUGAACGUGGUACCUUCAGACAUUUGGAAAUUGCUCCCAAGGAUGAACCAGACUUGUGGAGGUCUACAAUUUGAGGUCUUGGCUGAUUUCUUUUGAUUUUUUCCAUGAUGUCAAGCAAAGAGGCACUGAGAUCAAAUUGUAUUUGUCACAUACACAUGGUUAGCAGAUGUUAAUGCGAGUGUAGCGAAAUGCUUGUGCUUCUAGUUCCGACAAUGCAGUAAUAACCAACGAGUAAUCUAACCUAACAAUUCCACAACUACUACCUUAUACACACAAGUGUAAAGGUAUAAAGAAUAUGUACAUAAAGAUAUAUGAAUGAGUGUUGGUACAGAACGGCAUAGGCAAGAUGCAGUAGAUGGUAUAGAGAACAGUAUAUACAUAUGAGAUGAGUAAUGUGGGGUAUGUAAACAUUAUAUUAAGUGCCAUUGUUUAAAGUGGCUAGUGAUACAUUUUUACAUCAAUUCCCAUUAUUGAAGUGGCUGGAGUUGAGUCAGUAUGUUGGCAGCGGCAACUAAAUGUUAGUGGUGGCUGUUUAACAGUCUCAUGGCCUUGAGAUAGAAGCUGUUUUUCAGUCUCUCGGUCCCCGCUUUGAUGCACCUGUACUGACCUCGCCUUCUGGAUGAUAGCGGGGUGAACAGGCAGUGGCUCGGGUGGUUGUUGUCCUUGAUGAUCUUUAUGGUCUUCCUGUGACAUCGGGUGGUGUAGGUGUCCUGGAGGGCAGGUAGUUUGCCCCCGGUGAUGCGUUGUGCAGACCUCACUACCCUCUGGAGAGCCUUACGGUUGUGGGCGGAGCAGUUGCCGUACCAGGCAGUGAUACAGCCCGACAGGAUGCUCUCGAUUGUACAUCUGUAGAAGUUUGUGUGCUUUUGGUGACAAGCCAAAUUUCUUCAGCCUCCUGAGGUUGAAGAGGCGCUGCUGCGCCUUCUUCACAAUGCUGUCUGUGUGGGUGGACCAAUUCAGUUUGUCCAGGAUGUGUACACCGAGGAACUUAAAACUUUCCACCUUCUCCACUACUGUCCCGUCGAUGUGGAUAGGGGGGUGCUCCCUCUGCUGUUUCCUGAAGUCCACAAUCAUCUCCUUUGUUUUGUUGACGUUGAGUGAGGUCACCACCUGGGGGCGGCCCGUCAGGAAGUCCAGUACCCAGUUGCACAGGGCGGGGUCGAGACCCAGGGUCUCGAGCUUGAUGGCGAUUUUGGAGGGUACUAUGGUGUUAAAUGCUGAGCUGUAGUCGAUGAACAGCAUUCUCACAUAGGUAUUCCUCUUGUCCAGAUGGGUUAGGGCAGUGUGGUUGCGAUUGCGUCAUCUGUGGACCUAUUGGGUCGGUAAGCAAAUUGGAGUGGGUCUAGGGUGUCAGGUAGGGUGGAGGUGAUAUGGUCCUUGACUAGUCUCUCAAAGCACUUCAUGAUGACGGAAGUGAGUGCUACGGGGUGGUAGUCGUUUAGCUCAGUUAGCUUUCUUGGGAACAGGAACAAUAGUGGCCCUCUUGAAGCAUAUGGGAACAGCAGACUGGGAUAAGGAUUGAUUGAAUAUGUCCGUAAACACACCAGCCAGCUGGUCUGCGCAUGCUCUGAGGUUUGAAGGUAGGCCUUGAAAUACAUCCACAGGUACACCUCCAAUUGAAUCAAAUGAUGUCAAUUAGCCUAUCAGAAGCUUCUAAAGCCAUGACAUAAUUUUCUGGAAUUUUCCUCGCUGUUUAAAGGCACAGUCAACUUAGUGUAUGUAAACUUCUGACCCACUGGAAUUGUGAUACAGUGAUUUAUAAGUGAAAUAAUCUGUAAACAAUUGUUGGAAAUAUUACUUGUCAUGCACAAAGUAGAUGUCCCAACCGACUUGUCAAAACUAUAGUUUGUUAACAUGAAGUGGUAAUGACUCCAACCUAAGUGUGUGUAAACUUCCGACUUCAACUGUAUAUAUUUGUGUGCCAAACAGCGGCGUGGCCAAGGCUGGUCACAAAGAUUUCGAACGUUUGAAAAGGUCCUGAGGAUGUCGAUAUGAGCCCAGUCUCGUUCCAUAUAUAAGGCAAUCUCACAAGGCUUAGAGCCAGAGCACAUUGCUUAGACCACAGCAGCUCCCAGUUCUUUAGUAAGCAGGGAGAGUACUCGAUGAUACUCAAUGGAAACAGCACAUUGUUUUUAAGUAUUUUGUUUUAAGCCUUCCCCAAAUCACAGCCCUAACCUUAACCACUCGAAAUGAAUACCUUAACUUAAUCCUUUAAGUUGUUUCUAUUUUAACCCUGUAACCACGCGAAAUUAACCCUGUAAUCAUGCAGAAUUAAUGGGUAAAAAAUUGAUGUUCGUACAAUAACGGCAAGUUAAGAAGUGAAACUAUGAGAUCAGGUUGGGUGACCUCUAAAUAUAUUGAUAAUUUUUUCAAAAACUUACUGACAGUAAGACUUUUUGUAACAAAUGCCCCUUUCCAUUCAAAUGGCGGGUGAACUGUUGGGAUGCUGGACUCAUUUUGGAGGAGAUGAACGUGUGCAGAUAACCUACUUCUUGAAGUGAUUGUUUGACAAUUGACUAGAUGUGUUCAUGGCACAUUAAAAGGUAAUCCAUUUUUAGAGUUAAAUGACAUGUCUUUACUAUAAAACCAUGAAUAAUUUUUGUGCGCGCGCAAGUGCGUGCACACAUAGGAGACCCCCAAAUGUCAAGGUAUAAUUGGCACUCUGGAUGGCACUUUCAAGUGAUUUUACUGCUGUAUGCUAAUACCCUUUAUAUAAAUGUUCUGGAAAUGCCAAUGGCACCAAAACAUCUGAAUUGAGUUCCAGACUCUAGAAUCCUAACUUAAGAUCCACACUCAGAACAUGUUGACCAAACUACGCGCGUCCACCAUCGUGUGCAUGUUGAUUUUGCCUGUCCCCACCAGACACGUUCAUGAAACGCAGGUUAAAAUACCAAAACUAACUGUGAACCAACUAUUUUACUUUGGGGACAGGUUGAAACACACAAAACAUUCAUGGACAUUUAGCUCGCUUGCUGUUGCUAGCUAACUUGUCCUGGGAUAUAAAUAUUGGGUUGUUUUAUCUGAAAUGGAUAAGUUUCUUUUUUUUGCUCGAUCUUUUUGACCCAUUUUGAGUCACACAAUUAUGUGUCCUCCGACAUUUAACCCACAGAUAAAAGGGGGAACCUAGUUUUAUUAAUCUCUCCUCAUUUGUUGUUGUUCUGUGGAUUUUAUAUUGUGGUUGGCAACAAUUUCCAACCUGUGUAAUGUUUAUGUCCAAUGGCCGAUGAGGACUGAUGCAUUUAUCUAUAAUUGUACUUUAUAUGUUAAGGAUUGAAAAGGAUUUUCCAGUAGAUUUUUGACAUGAUUCAUGAUGACUGCUUGUCGAGCUUGCUAGCUAAGAUUUUGAAAGUAUGUUGUUGACAUGAUCAAUCCAAUAAAAACUAUGGUAGAUAUGUGA